AUGCAACAUAACAAAGAACAAAAUUGUAUUGUUCAAAACAAUUUUGGGUGUUUGAAAUGUGAUGAUACUUAUUAUUUUGAUGAGUCAACAAAACAAUGUGAAAGUUGUGAUCCAAGUUGUUUGACUUGUGUUGAAACUUCAACAAAAUGUCUCAGCUGUCCACAAAACACAUAUUUGUCAAAUUACAAAUGCAACACAAACAAUGACUUAAAUUUGACGUGUGACUG